AUGCACAGAGAUUACAGAACGCGGAAAUGGAUUGCCACAGAAAGAGACAACAAGACCAAGCAACACGACGGCCAUGCUGCAUUGCCGCCGGUUUGUGAAUUUGGUGGUGGACACCGUUGUCGGUGCCCGCCCAGCCUACGCGCAGGAGCAGGAGCAGGAGCACCAGAUGCAGAGGAGGAGGAGGAGGACGCUCGGCUGCCUCCUCCUGCAAUGACCUUCUACCCCACUGCAUCGAUCGCGCUUGGUAACGUGGAUUUCUUUCCCCUCGGCGGCAGCAAGGACGACGACGUGGUGGCCCUCGACCACGACGGCAGCGCCCUGCUCGGCUGCUCUACCGCGCCACCUUUCCGCGCUGUCCGCAUCCUGCCCGCGCUGGAGCCUCACAGGCCCAAGGGGAGGAUCAGCCCCAUGUCCCUCACCGCCGGCGACAGCCUCUACAUCGUCGAGAUGCACCCCUUCUACACCAAGCCAGGCUGCUUCGAGGUUCUCACCCAGUCACCCACGGGAUCCGUCGACGAUAUUCCGCGUCAGGGGGGCCGGAGCCCGUGCUGGUACUGGCGCUCUCUCCUGCCGCCUCCCUUCGCGUACGCUUGCUACCACGACUGCGUCACCACCUGCGGCCCAGACCGAGCCAGAGACUACGGCAUCGCCGCCUGCGCGGUGGUCGGCAGCGACUCCAAGCUCUGGAUGACGGCGGCGGGACGUACUCGUUCGACACGCACGGGCCCUGGAUCCGCCCCUGGCGACCGGGCGCUGCCGUUCCAUGGCCGUGCCAAGUACGUUCCCGAGCACGGGCUCUGGUUCGGCCUCGGCUCGUCCGGCUGGGACAACAGGGUGCACUGCCUCUGCGCGUCCGACCUCGCCGCCGCCGGCGCGUGCAGCGUGUGGAAGUGGUACGGCAUGGAACCUCCUUCGGAUCAGUGGUCCCCGGCGCAGGAAUCCUGCCUCGUGCCCCUGGGAUCCGGCAAGUUUUGCGUCGCCAGGUUCUUCGAAGAAGACUUAGAGGUAUUUCAAAGGAGGCUACAGCUACCACAGUUGCGCCGUGUUCACCGGCGUGGAGGUGGUCAGCAAGGAGGAUGGCAGAUCUGGCCUACGCAUGCUCAAACACCGAUCCAAACGCUGCACCUUCCUCGACAACGUUUUUCUUAAAAGUUACUCUGGUAUUUUAGACAAUCAAUAACCAAUCUUAAAUUUUAACCGCUUUAGAGCAUGUACAAUAGGAU